AUGACUGAAGCUCUUAUGCACAUCAUGGGUGGGUUCUAUUCAAUUGAUUUCGACUUAUCUGAAGUUACGUCAACUUAUUGGUUGUUGGAAAAGCGCGCUAAAGCUUAUAUAAGCUCAGGGAAGAAGAAGUUUUAUCAUCAUAUGGGUCCUAAAACUUAUGAGCAGAGUAGAAAGGAGUGGCUUGAAGUAGAUGGUUUUUACCCAAGCAUUAGCUCAUCGUCGGGGGGAACUUCUAGCUCUACAAUUACGACAAAGAAGAUUGAUCGAGUUGCCGAUUGGUAUUGUUCACUUCAUAGUCGAGAUGCAAGUGGGAGAAGAACCAUUUCUGAUCCGGGAACGAAGAAGAUAGCCGAUGCUGUGCUUGGAUGGAAGCACAAAGAGGUUACAGGCGAGUUCGUUCCCAAAGCGAACAAGGAUGCCUUGUAUAUGGUACUAGGUAAGGAUCAUGAUGGACGCGUGAAAGGGAAAGGAGGGGUACGACUAGGCUUGAAAAAAGUUUACGGUGAAGAGUACUCCGCAACAAGAUCAAGCUCAAUUUCUAAUGCAUCACAAGAUAUGGAGCGCAAAAUGAAAUCUGCAAUAGAGGAGCUUGAGAAGAAGAUGAAGAAUCAAUUCAGUGCCAUCUUGGAACACAUGGGAUUACCUAGCUUUGACGAGCUCAAUAUCACUCCUGGGGACAAAUUAAGCCAGCAAGAUCCUCAGACACUUAAAGAGACACUCAGAGAAGUACCUGACACCAUUAUAUGUGGAUUUGAAGAUUUCUCACUGCCGGUCCCUAGGGAGGAAUGGAGCCUCUUUGUUCUUAAUGACGCAGAGGGUAGUUUUGUGUUAUUGCCUCGUGCUUGGGUGCGAUUUACAGAUGAGGCAAAAAAUGUGAGAAAUUUGGAUGUGAACAAAGAGGUUUCGCAAGGAAACCGUUCAAAAUCGAAUGAGGUGGACUCAAAAGCUAACAGUAACAAGGCGAAAUCACAACCUAUUCUUGCAAUUGAAGGAAAGAUUUCAUCCAAGGGCUCAUCUCCUGAUGCAACACCAAAAGGAACGCCACUUGUGUGUGAUGAGCAAGUGAUCCGAUCUCUUAGCAAGUCAUGUCUUUGGCUACAUGCUCGGGUUAGCAACUUGCCCGAUUCUUCCCCAAUAAAGGUUGAUUUGGAGAAGUCUCAAUUCCAUUACCUAGGUGAAGAUUCGGCUACUUGGGUAUAUAAAGUGGAUAUUCGGGAAUUCCUCUGUGGAGCGAUGUUAAAUAUAUCCAUAUUACAAGUCUUCAUGAGUGCACUUUACGAAGAUUUACUUGGAUGUGAUUCUGUUUCGAAAGUUGGGUGGUUAUGUCCACAAGAGAUUCGUGAUGCCAAUUGUUGCACAACCAUGAAGAAGCAAAUGAGUACAUUGAACGGAGUAUUAGACAAUGUGUUCGAUCGGGAGAUAAGUAUAUUAUCGCUCCAUACAUUGAAGAGUAUGUUUUAG